CAUAAAAACAGCAGUUUUGCCAACGUUCAAAUUCGAUCUGUCAGUCAGUUAUUGGUGGACAAGACAUUUCGAAGAAUUUUCUGAAACAAACUACCCCACAACAGACCACCAUGGCAAAACUCGUAUCUAGCGCCCCAGCCCUCGUAUCCAAACUCAUCGCUGAGGCGAAGCCCCGAUUGGACGUCUUCGUGAAAUACGCCAAGGUGGAACUGACACCUCCAUCUCCCGCUGACAUUCCACAAAUCAGAGCUGGAAUCGGCCGUCUGAUCAGUGGUGCCAAGAAUGGUACCUGGAAGAAUAUGACUGUCAAGGAGGCCUGGUUGAACACCCUUGUAGCAGUUGAAGUAGGAUGCUGGUUCUAUGUUGGGGAAUGCAUUGGAAAACGCCACAUUGUUGGAUAUGAUGUUUAAGUUUGUGUAAGAAGUCAUGUAGGGAAACUAUUAUUGUACAACUUUAUUGAAUAAAUCUGUUUAAUUUA